AUGAAGACCUGGACUACCUCAGUGACCUGUGCAUCUCCGACAAGAAGGCCAUCGCUGUCACACAGGAACUCAUCUGCAAGAGUGUGUUGUGUGUUAACAAUGCUGAUAUACUCACCAGAUAUAGAGACCAGGUUAGUGCCAGAUGAGUCGAGCGACGGAGACGGUGGGGAGGUGAUGCUGUACUGGAACAAUAAACAGGAGUGUCGGUCACUGAACUCAUUGGCUGAACAAGCUUCAGAUCCUCGUAGUGAUUUUGGAUUACUACCGACACCAACUCGAGCUGUUCUCGUACAUGUGUCUCAACAGACAGUACCUGGCAUUGAACAAUCUAUCACAUUGAUCUUAUACUCGACCUCAGAUAUCAUGAACAACUAUACCAUGAUCUCCAGAUGCAUGUCCAACCCGGUGUUAUCCCACGAGGUCCGCGCGUCCUUCUGCCGCCUCAUGCUGCACCUGCACGUGGACCGCGACCCUCAGGAGCCCGUCACGCCCGUCAAGUACGCGAGGCUGUGGGCAGAGGUCGCCGCCACCAUACGAGUGAACGACUAUCAAUGCGUGAAAGGCGGUCAGGACGCGACCAGGAAAAAAGUGAAGAAGCAGUUCGAGUCCACCAUAGACUUCGUUGAGGACUACUUGUGUAAAGACGUGACUAGGACGUGGUACUUGAGCGACCACGACCAGAACAAGUUGACCUUUGAGGUCGUUAAACUGGCUGGAGAAUUAACUUACUUUGGGUUUUAUAGCUUCAGUGAUCUUCUUCGGCUGACAAAACCUUAUUGUCUUCUUGACUGUGUGACUGCGAUCGAUCUACUGAACGAAACGAACGCCCUCGCCGGAGAAGUGGAAUCGGAGGGGGAAGUUCUCCGGAGUAUUGGCGAUAUGGGAGCAGUCAUGACCUCCAUCACACUCGGACCUGGAGCAUUAAAUGAAAAUGUAACAGAAAACACAUAA